UGAUGAUGGGUGUGUCCUGCAGGAUGCUGAGACUCUAUAACCUCGCCGUCCCAGGUCUCCAGAUGCAGUUCGAGUCGGCCCCGAUAUCUUUGGCGGGUGAGUCGAGAGGUCACAGAGCAUUUCAAAUGGAUACUUUGUCCACGCCUGUUGCGGAGGAAACCGAUUCUAUGAGGACGGAGGAAGAGGAGGAGGAGGAAGAGGAGGAGGAGGAGGAAAAAGAAGAAGAUGAAGUGCAGGAACCAGAUGCGGAAACAGACGCCCAGAAGCAACAGAAACCGGCCUGGGUUCCCAGGUUCUUCUUCCGAGUAGGUAAAGAGGUUUACAACUACGUCGGCCAGGAGAUCGUCAUCGAAGAAGGCCUCGACUCGUACGGGGGCAUGAUAUGGCCGGCGGCUCUGGCUCUGUGCCACCACCUGGACUCUCACCGUGAUCAGCUGAGUCUGGUGGACAAAGCCGUCCUGGAGAUCGGAGCCGGAACCGGCCUCGUGUCUGUGGUCGCAGCGCUGCUCGGUGGUUGGGUCACAGCCACCGAUCUCCCCGACGUCCUGUCCAACCUGAGGUACAACUUGAGCAAGAACACCAGGGGGCGCUGCCGACACACGCCCCAGGUGGCAGCUCUGUCCUGGGGCCAGGACCUGGAGCAGAACUACCCGUCGUCCGUGUACCGGUACGACUACGUGCUGGCGGCCGACGUGGUCUACCACCACGACUUCCUGCCCGAGCUCCUGGUCACCAUGAAGCACUUCUGCAGACCGGGCACGACCCUGAUCUGGGCCAACAAGGUCCGGUUCGAGACCGACUUCACCUUCACGGAGAACUUCAAGAAGGCCUUCAACACGAGUUUACUGGUCGAGGACGGAGAGAUGAAGAUCUACACGGCGACGUGCAAAGAGUGAGGAGGCUCCGAAGACGCCUCUCAAGAAACUUUGCAUUUGUCCGACGGCGUCAGCUAAAGAAAGAGCUCUGCUUUAAGCCUAUUUUCUAGACGUUUUCUAUAUUCUUUUGAAUGUGGUUUUAUUCAAACGAUCAUUACGUACAGUAUCUGUUGUGGCAGGAACUAAGGAACUCGUUUGGGUUUUAUUAAGUCUAGCUUCAACGCCUGCAAAAACAAAAAUCUUCAAAAUGUCUGACUAACAUCGUUGAGACGUUACUACAGAUUGUUGCAAAUGGCGUCGAGGUUAAAUAUGAGUUGAAUCAGGAGAAACUUUCCUCUGACUGAACGUUUUGUGCACAUAGCAAGAAAAUCUACGAGUCUUCGGCAAUUAGACCCAACUGUGACUAAGGCAGCCAUUACAUUAUGACCACCUUCCUAAUAUUGUCUAGGUCUCCCCUUGUGUCUCCAAAACUCUCAUCAGAGAAUGGACAUGGACCUUCUGAGGGUGUCCUGUGGUGUCUGGUAACAGGAGGUUGUUGGCGGGGGGGGAGGGGGGGGGGGGACCCAUGGGUCCUAUGGGUUGAGGGGAGGGGUAAAAGGGAUGGACAUCAAUAGAACUUUAUUGAUUUCCGAUUCUUCCCUUAUCAAUUCCUCCUGUGACUUUUUGGUUUAGAAAAAGUAGGCGUUCGUGGUUUCGUGUAAACAAUUUUACUGAGUUUCUGAAUAAGAGAUAAGAGCUUAUGUAAGUAACAUAGGAAACUGGCCACUGACUUGGCGAUAGCUGCACUCGUUGACUCGUAUUUAAUAUGUCGACAAAUGCGUCUUUGUGCUUGAAAUCACGGUGCUGCAUAAAUUGUGGCCCUUUUUUACUUUGAAGUGAAGCCACUUUGGACCAUUUCAGCCUCUCUGCCGUUGAUAACGAAGCGCCUCAACGUAAAGAUUCUCAUUCUUUUGUAUUAUGGCGGUUGGCAAACAACAUUGAGGUGCAUCACAGCCAACAUCUGGACUGGGAUGUGAAGAUUUGGCACUGAUAAGUGGGAUCGAGAAGCACGAAGGCCAAUGAUAUCGAUGAAUUGAACCGGUUAUCGACGCCCAUCCCCAGUGAUUCAUGUCCGAGUAACAUCCACAUAAAUGAAUCCCAGAUAUAAAAGCUUCAUCUCACUAAAUUAGCUGUAGUCCAGACUUUUAUAAUAAUCUGUCCACUGAGAAAAGACUGCAGCUCAGAGAAGCAGACUAGAAAUAAAAGGAAAAUGAGGAUAUAACAUGCAACAAAGACAUGUACACAAUAUUUUCUACAGGAAUUCAUAUGAAUUAUGUCAGCACAGAGCGAGAAGAAAUCUGUCUCAAUCACAUCCUGUUUGGACACUUUAACACAUUAGUCAGCUUCAGUGUUUUCAACACUUUUCUUUCAAGACUUUCUGUUGCGAUAGAACAGUAGGACACAUUGUAUAACGUAGCACGUCUCAAGCAUGUAACAUCUUUGGUUUGUGAUCUUUAUUUCUUUUUUUUCUGUUUUUUACACUUUAAUAAAAUCUUGCUUAAAACCUUCCUCCAGUUUCUUUUUCCAAUUUUCUACAUUUUAAUGUCUAAAAUCUCAUAGAAAAUUAAGACGAGUAAACACCUUAAUUCUUUCAAAUCAUUUUUUUUUGUUGUCGUUUGUUUUUAUUCAGCGUGAUGUCUUUUUUUUUCUUUUUUUUUUUUCCUCUGGUUCGUGUGACUUAAUCCUAUGUGACCACAAAAUAGUGUGACAGUAGCUCGGGGUCAUCGAGGAAAACAAAGGGUAUAAAAUAAUACUAACAGCAUACAACCUUAUCUCGUAACAUUCUUUAAAAUAUUGGCAUUUUACUUUUCUCGUGACUAUAAAUAUAAACACUCAACAUCCAUAAAGAAGCUUUUUCUGAGGUCUUUCCUGACACCAGCGCAGAUGAGAGAGAUGAGAGAAGUCAGUUCGGUGCCAGAAGUGGACGGAAAAGUCCUGCGGUGAAAGUUUAAGGCCAUUUUUUCGGAGAGAGACCGUCGUUGGCAACGCGCGCUGUAGAGAGCCGAGCCGAAGCUGGAGGAGUCAAACACAAGAUGAUGAUGAUGAUGAUGAUGCUGCUGAUGUGCACAAAUUCUAACAAAAGUCAAACGCAGCAGAUUCCAGCGAUCCCCUCUGCAGGAAGAGACGCAAGCCACGGCUUAAAAAACUCCCACGAAGGACGAGAGCCGUGGAAGCGGCUGCGGUUUUACAUUCUCAUGCGUGGACCUUCCCUCACCCCGUCCGUCUCUUUCCUCUUUCUUGAUUGACUCAUGGAAAAAAUAAUUAUUGACUAAUCAAGCUCAAAAUACAUCACACUUUUACGAAUUUAAAAAGGAAAUGUAAAGAGAUUACAAUGAUGUAAAUCGAAAAAAAAAACAAAAAAAAAACAACCAGAUUUUCCUAAACAGUUCAAGCCAAAUGUUUUUAAAGGACCGUACCAGUGUCUGUCAUUCUAACAUUUUAAUGACCAAAUAUAUAUCGAAUAUAUCAUUUUAAAAAGGGUAAACGUUAAUGAUUUUACAAGUCUGUUUACAGGUCUUGGGGACGUUUUACGCACGAGUCGCUUGCAGCUUUUUGUUGAAUGAGAAAGUCGACUUUUCAGUUGUUUGAAAAUGAAAUAAUCCAAAGAGCAAGAAGUUACAAGGACGCUUACUCUGUGUAUUUGUUUCAGUCUCGUCUUAACAAAUCCUCGUAGCCUAAACUUUGUAUUUGUUUCAGUCUAGAUAAACCAAUAAUAGAAAUAUCAGACCACAGCUUUCUACAAAAAAAACAAAAAACAAACAAAAAAAAUCAGAAUUCAGAUCAUAACAUAUCAUAGAAUGAGCUGAUGGAGCCAUUAAAAACCCUGGUGUGGUCCUUUAAAGCAACAACAACAACGCCCCUGUAAAUGGCUGUCGUUUCAGUUGUGUUGGGGGGUAAAACGUUCACGUACAAGAAAAAUAUGCACACAUGUACACAUAAAGUCAUUUGCAAACACACACACGCACACACUCGUGGUGGAGAUCACACCAGUGGAUAUUGUCAGUGUCUCGUCUCAAGAUUAAAAACCAUCCAAAAAAAAACAACAACUAAAAA